CUGUCUUAAAGCCACACCUGCUUGAGAGUUUAAACCUAGAUAGAGAGAGAGAGAGACCGAGAGAGAGAGAUCAUGGACUAGUGCAUUCAAAUCCCUGCAGUAACCAGCUGAGCACCAUUCGCUGCUGUCAUACGUUCGUUGCUCUUCUAUAUUCCUGCCCUUCCCAUGAUGCUGUGAUUUUUCUCCUGCCAUGGAUUUUCCAUGUUGGGUUAAGUACUUCAGGAAAACCUAAAGAGCUAAACGGAUUCACAUUUGCUUUUGGAAAAGCAUCUCGGACUGGCCAACAUACAGGUGGAUCGCUCUUUCGUUUUUGAAGACUGUAAUAGGGACUGAAUUGGGAAUAAUAUCUCAAGAACGCUGGAUGCUACAGUGUGUGGCGGGAUACAGUGGACUGGUUCUGAGUCCAGGGGAAGAUGCCUGCUAUCCUGGUGGUCACUAACAUGAAGUCUGGACUGCCGAAGCCGAUCCACAGCGCCCUCCCCAUCCCGCAGGUGCCCACCCGAGCUGUGGCCCCCCGGCCCUGCUUCACCAGCCCCCCACAAGCCAACACUCACCUCCACCUCGGGAGUCAGAGCGGGUGGGCAACAGGCAAAAACUACCAUCCUGCUGACAGUGGAGAGGACACACAGAUCUACACGGACUGGGCGAAUCACUACUUGGCCAGAUCGGGACACAAGCGGCUGAUUAAAGACCUGCAGCAGGAUGUGAGCGACGGCGUGCUGCUGGCUGAGAUCAUCCAGGUCAUCGCUAAUGAGAAGAUUGAGGACAUUAAUGGAUGCCCCAAGAGUCGUUCUCAGAUGAUCGAGAACAUUGAUGCCUGUCUGAGCUUCCUGGCAGCCAAAGGUGUGAACAUACAGGGACUUUCAGCUGAAGAGAUCCGGAAUGGAAACCUGAAAGCCAUCUUGGGGCUCUUCUUUAGCCUGUCUCGAUACAAGCAGCAGCAGCAGACGACGAACAGACAGACGCACACACAACACACACAUCCACACACUCCUUUAAGCCAGCAGAGCAGCGCCCCGGCCCAGCUGACCUCCACCUCGCAUGGGACGCACACACACAAAACACAGCCAGAGAUGCAGUCCAGGGAUGGCUCUCACAGUAAACUCAAGUUUUCCAUUGGUCAGAAAAAGUCUUCUAGAUUGCCUGGCCCCACCUCGAGGAUGUCCACUGCGGGCAGUGAGAGUUCUCCUCGAGGGUCCAUCAGUUCAGCAGGGAAUCGCCGCAGUCAGGUGUUCAGCGAUAAAGCCAAACCUGCAGCAGCUCAGGCCAAAGAAUCAUCAGAGAGUGUCUCCUCACAAGGCGUGACUGAGCACACUCUGUCAUCCCUGGCGUCCGCCUGCACCUCUGUUAGCACCAGCACUGUGGCAUCUUCAUCUUCAUCAUCAUCAGCCAUCCCCCAGCCCAACUCAAGCAACAAACCCUGGAGAAGCAAAUCUCAGAGCACCAAGCACACUGCUACCUCCACCGCUCCCUCCACGGUGCUUUCCAUCAAACCAGAUCACCAAGCCAAGCAGCCCGUGCCUGCAGAGCCCCCACCGAAAGCUGUGCCUCAGAAGUCCAUGCUGGAGAAACUCAAACUUUUCAACAGCAAAGGAGGCUCCAAGUCAUCCACGCCAGCAGAGGGCGCCGUUACGCCGACAGAGUCAAAAGUCGAAAGAAUCGAGGUUGGUUCCAAUACAAAACCCACUGAGGAAAUGGAUGGUAAUGUCAGGCCCACGAACGGAUCGAGUGCCGUUAUGACGACAACCAGCAGCCCAAAGAUUGCACUAAAGGGCAUCGCACAACGGACGUUUAGCCGGGCGCUCACAGCAAAAAAAGCCUCAACUAAAUCCAUAGAUAAAGAAAAGGAAAAAGAACGAGCUAAAGAAAAAGACAAAAAUGGAAAAGAGGGGUCAAAGCGUGUUCCUUCCUUAGAAAAGGUAGAGAUCAAAGAGGAAGUUAGAGAGGAAGUUGUUCCCUCAAGCAGAGUUGCUCCCUCUGAGGCAGAGCCCAGGAAAGCCUCUAAGAUCGCCAGCUUCAUACCCAAAGGCGGCAAAGUGGGAGGCAACAAGAAAGAAAGCCCCGCCCCUGUGCAAAGUGGAAUUCCAAAACCAGGAAGUAAAAACACUGGAAAUGGAGCGGUAAAAAGUUCAGCGUUGCCCCUCGGUGGUAAAGACAAUGAGAGGCCUCGCAGUAUGCGUCUGGGAGGGGGUCUGGGACUUCAUAGGGACAGCCGGCAUUCCUCGUCCUCUUCCAGCCUGGUUUCCAUCGAGGGGAAAGGACACCACAGCGCCGCCCCGGUGGCCAACGGAACACAAUCCACGGCCUGCAACACAGUCAGUGUGCAGCUGCCUCAGCCACAGCAGCAGUACAGCCACCCCAACACAGCCACCGUAGCACCCUUCAUGUACAGGUCUCACAAUGAUGCAGAUGGACCCAUAGGCACAAACCCAAGCUCUGGAUGUCGUAGUAGUGACUCCAGUAGCUUCAGUAAGAUCAACCAGUCUUCUACUGAGGACCUGUCAGGUGAAGAUCCAGAGACCAGACGUCUGAGGACGGUCAAAAAUAUUGCUGACCUGCGGCAGAAUUUAGAAGAGACCAUGUCAAGUUUGCGGGGGACGCAAAUCACACACAGCACACUGGAGACCACUUUUGAUGGUAGUGUUACUACUGAAAUGAGCAGUCGCAGCAUCCUCAGCAUGGCAUCUCGCCCCGCGCCGCUGUCCUGGGCCAGUCGCAUGGGUCAGUCCAGCCCCCGUCUACAAGCAGGAGAUGCUCCCUCGGUUGGGAACGGGUAUCAGUCCCGCAGUGGAGGUGUGCCGUCCGGCCAGGGCCGGUAUCUGUACCCGGCUCCUCUACGGAAGCAGCUGGCAGCGCGUGGGAGCGCCCUCUGUGGCCUGGAGCUGGGAGACAGGGUGGAGGAUCUGGACCUGGCAGGUGUGGGGCUGGAGAUGAGCGGCUACAUGAGUGAUGGAGACGUGCUGGCUAAGAACGCCCGCUCUGAUGAGCUGACCAGCGGGUACAUGACGGAUGGGGGAUUGAGUCUGUAUACACGACGACUGAACCGUUUGCCGGAUGGAAUGGCAAUGGUACGGGAAAGUCUACAGCGUAACGCCUCCACCGGCCAGGGAGACGCCGACAGUUGGGAUGACAGUAGUUCAGUCAGCAGUGGGAUCAGUGAUGCUAUUGAUACUGAUGACAUCAACACCAGCUCCUCUAUAAGCUCUUAUGCCAACACCCCCGCCGCGGCCCGUAAGGCUUUGAACGGACAGCCUCAGACAGAUGCAGAGAAGCAUUCAGCAACCGAACGCAACAGUGCUCGGUCCAGUGAUGAGGGCAAGAUGAAGUCAGACGGGGGUUUGGAUUGCGGCAUCAAAAUGGAAGCGGCUCUGAAGUGGCGGCGGAACCCUUCAGAUGUUUCGGAGGAGUCAGAUAAGAGCAGCUCUGGACGGAAAACUGCACCCAUCACUCAGACGGGCUCCUGGAGGAGGGGCAUGAGUGCGCAGGUGGGCGUGACCGAACCGCGGGCGAAGAGUACAACUGUAACAACAGGAACUGGGAUGAUUAAGACACAAGGGACAGGUAAAACAGAUGAUGCCAAGGUCUCCGAAAAAGGCCGCAGGUCUCCCAGUUCCAACAUCGUCCAGCAUUCCUCCUCGGAUGCCGGUCGAAGCAGCGAAGAUGAAGCCAAGAAAACAUCUGCAGGACGAGUCCCCACUAGCACAUUUGGUUUCAAGAAGCCUAACGGCGUCCACGGCCCGCCAACUGUGGUGACCACCUCCAGCUACACUCUGGUGACAGCGAGUGGCGCCACCAUUACCAGCGGCUCUGCCACCCUGGGCAAGAUUCCCAAAUCCUCCGCCCUUCUGGUUGGUGGGAGAGGGACACUAAAAGGGGCUGUCGAUGGUUUAUUGCCCCCUCAAGAAGAUGGCUACCUGUCCCCCAGUGCUCGUUCAAUGCUGCAGUACCGAAGUCUACCUCGACCUUCUCGUUCUGGAGCUGCGGCCCGUAACGGAAACCGAUCGUCCACAAGCAGCAUCGAGUCAAGCUUGAGCUCCCGGACGCAUGUCCUUACUGCCGCCACGACCAGCAAACCAAGAGAUUCUGGCACUAAAAUCAACGGGCACACAAUCCAAGCCAAUCAGACGGACAAAGAGAAGGGCGUUUCGGGAGGAGGGGCGGCAACUAUCCCACUGACAGCGAGACAGGGAAACAAGUAUAGCGAGGUCUCGUCUCCAACAUUAAGAAGACUUUUUGGUGGUAAGGCUGCUAAACAGGCCCCAGUUACCUCUGCAGAGAGCAUGAAAAACUCAGUCGUCAUCUCCAACCCCCACGCUACCCUUGGGCACACCCAGUCCUCUGGUGGGCCCUUGGACUCCCCCUCCACAGUAUCAGGCAGCGGCGCCAGCAGUCCCCUGUACGGGGGUCGCGGUGCCAGUGUAGGAGGCAGCGAACAAGCUUCGAGCCCUGGUUCGGUGUACUCAACGGGCACUGGGACCUGGGGCACCACCAUCAGCAGCUCUUCGGCCCUCGGCUACCCCUCCGUCAGCAGCAUGCACACCAGCAGCGAGUCCAUCGACAUGUCAGUGGGCAGCGGGCAUCACCGUGAGGAUGUCCACCCGGCACUGAUGAGGACGGGUAGUGCCAAGACAGGCAUGUCAGAGAGUCCCCUCUCCUCUCCCUCUGCAAGUCCUAAAUUCAGCCGUAACACAUUGCCCCGGAAGCAAGACAGGUACGCCCCUUCACCACAUCUGCGUCAGGAAGAGGCACGUGAUUGGCUGCGCUCACAUUCGGGCAGUGGAUUGCAGGACUCGGCCAGUAACUCUCCCUUCUCCACCGGCUCCAGCUUGACGUCACCAUCUGGAACGCGGUUUAACUUUGCCCAACUUGGAAGCCCCACCACGGGUGCUCAGAUUAAUCUAGCCAGCCUGCGCAACAACAGCCUGACCAAUCAGGACAACCCGCUGGACAGCCAUGGUGAUUCCCGUCUGCGCAACUCCUGCAUGUCGCUGGAUGAGAAGAACCGCACCAUGAGCCGGUCGGGAUCCUUCAGGGACGGGUUCGAGGAAGUUCAUGGAUCAUCCCUCUCGCUGGUGUCCAGCACCUCUUCUGUCUAUUCAACGACCGAGGAGAAAUCACAGUCAGAGAUCCGCAAGCUGCGUCGAGAACUGGACGCCUCCCAGGAAAAGGUGUCCGCCCUGACAACGCAGCUCAGUGCUAAUGCCCACCUGGUGGCAGCGUUUGAGCAGAGUUUGGGCAACAUGACCAUCCGACUCAAGAGCCUCACAAUGACUGCAGAACAGAAAGACUCUGAGCUGAAUGAGUUGAGGAAAACAAUUGAGCUGCUAAAGAAGCAAAACGCAGUGGCUCAAGCGGCCAUCAACGGCGUCAUCAAUACUCCAGAACUCACCUGCAAGAGUGAACGCACAGGUAAUAACGGAGCGCAGCCGGACCUGCGCAUGCGCAGACAGCACUCCUCUGACAGCGUCUCCAGCAUCACCAGCGCCACCAGCCACUCCAGCCUGGGCUCCAACAUGGACAACCCCGACUCCAACAGCAAGAAGAAGAAGAAGAACUGGCUGCGGAGCUCCUUCAAACAAGCCUUCAGUAAGAAGAAAUCACCCAAAUCAGCUUCGUCCCACUCAGACAUUGAGGAGAUGACAGAUUCCUCUCUCCCUUCCUCUCCCAAACUCCCUCACAACGGCACCAGCACCUCGGCUCUGCGGCUCCGCAACACACACUCCAGCUCAAUGCUGUCCGACUGUCUGGAUGGGGAGGCGGAGACUGUGAUGCAGCUGCGCAGCGAGCUACGAGAAAAGGAGAUGAAGUUGACGGACAUUCGAUUGGAAGCCCUAAGCUCCGCCCACCAGCUGGACCAGCUGCGGGAGGCUAUGAACCGCAUGCAGGUGGAGAUCGAGAAGUUAAAGGUGGAAAAUGACCGUCUUAAGUUGGAAAGCCAAGCCAGUGGGAGCAGGGCGUCCUCUCAAGUGUCCAUCUAUAACCCGAACCCGACCCCCACACCUGGCCUGUCUCAACACAGCCUCAACCUCACAGAGUCCACCAGCUUCGACAUGUUGUUGGAUGACUCUGGUGGAGACGGAAGCUCUCGUAAAGAGAGCAGACAUGUGAAAAUAGUUGUCAGUCUUCAAGAGGACGUCACAUGGAAAGAGGACUGCAGGACUCGAGACUAUCUGAUUGGCUGCAUUGGUGUCAGUGGAAAAACCAAGUGGGACGUUCUGGAUGGGGUCGUGCGCCGCUUGUUUAAGGAGUAUAUCAGACAUGUAGAUCCGGUCAGUCAUCUGGGUCUGGGUUCAGACAGUGUGGAGGGAUAUCGUAUUGGAGACGUGAUCCGGUCCGGAGGAGCAGACACACCUGAACUCCUGCCCUGUGGAUACCUCGUGGGAGAGAAUGACACCAUCAACAUCUCGCUGAAAGAUGUGAACUCUCAGUCGGAGGAUUCUCUGGUCUUCGAGACGCUGAUCCCCAAACCCAUGCUCCAGCGCUAUGUGUCUUUGCUCCAGGAACAUCGCAGGAUCAUCCUUUCAGGCCCCAGCGGCACUGGGAAAUCCUAUCUGGCCCACAGACUGGCAGAGCAUCUGGCGCUGCGAGAGGGCAGACUGCCCAAUGAGAGCAACAUCGUCACCUUCAACGUCGACCAUAAAUCCAGCAAGGAGCUGCGUCAGUACUUGGCUAAUAUAGUGGAGCAGUGCAGCGCUGACGGACAGGACACUGAAGCCCCUCUGGUGCUCAUUCUGGACAACCUUCAUCACAUCAGCUCACUGGGAGAGAUCUUCAACGGCUUGCUGAACUGCAAAUACCAACGCUGCCCGUAUAUAAUCGGCACGAUGAGUCAGGCGACAUCUUCUGCUCCAAACCUGCAACUUCAUCAUAACUUCAGAUGGGUGCUGUGUGCUAACCACAUGGAGCCAGUAAAAGGUUUCCUGGGCCGGUUUCUGAGGAGGAAGCUGAUCGAGACAGAGAUCGGCAGCCGAGCACGUAACCCGGAGCUGGUGAAGAUCAUAGACUGGAUCCCUCAGGUCUGGCACCACCUCAACCGCUUCCUGGAGGCCCACAGCUCCUCGGAUGUGACCAUUGGUCCACGUUUGUUCCUGUCAUGUCCGAUGGAUGUGGACGGUUCUCGCGUGUGGUUCACCGACCUGUGGAACUACUCCAUCAUCCCCUACAUGCUGGAGGCUGUGAGAGAAGGCUUACAGCUGUACGGUCGCAGAGCUGCAUGGGAGGAUCCUGCACUGUGGGUUCUGGAGACUUUUCCAUGGGCAGCCUCUCAUCAGCACCCUGAUUGGCCAGCUCUGCUGCAGCUCCGCCCAGAGGAUGUGGGCUUCGAUGGAUACUCCGCCUCCAGAGAGGGCCUUAACAAACAGAGUACUCAGAGUGACAGUGAUGCCGACCCACUGAUGAACAUGCUCCUGCGUCUGAAAGAGGCGGCCAGCUGCUCCAGCCCGCAGAGCUACGACAGCGACUCCAAUAGUAACAGUCAUCAUGACGACAUCCUGGACUCUUCGCUGGAGUCCACGCUAUGAUCCAGCCUGAUCCGUUAUGCCAUUUAACUCCUCGACUCUAAUCAAGUCAUUACAUCACUUCUAUGGGUGCUGGUAACCCACUUCAUAUAUACAAAUAUAUAUAUAGAGAGAGAAAUAUAUAUGCGCCAAAACCCAACGGUACUUCAGUGUGAUUUUUAUUUUUAUUUUACAACAACAAAAUCAGAAGAAAGUGCUUUGUCCCUAUUUUUACCUCAAAAGUAGAAGUGCGGUCACAUUAGCUAAAUUUUAUGGACAAAAAGGGUUCACUGUCUGGCGUCAAAAAUGUAGCGGUGUGUGAAAUAGAGCUCACACAAGUCACUUUCAAACCAAACGGUGAAUCAGAGUGAACAACCUGAAUCUGCUGCGAAACCUGCGUAGAUAGAUUUUCCAUCAUCACGCGCAAUUUCCGAUUACAUGGAUUUCACAUACAAAACUUCGCCAAACUUCGGUAAAUGUGACCGCACCUUAACUGUCGGAGAAACUUUCGCACACAAUGCAAUGCACGUUUGUCUUACCCUCUACUGGUGAAACGGCGGAAUUACAUCCUAAACCGAGACCAACAUCUUGGUUGGCAUCACUCAAAAGAACAUUGACUUUCCCUGUAAUGAUGGACUUGCUCAUGACUUUACGAAACCGGUUUGAUCGGAUGCUGACCAUCGUUUCAUGUUUUACAUGAUAAGGACACGGAUUGAAAAGCAUGGUGCUACACUUAUGAUUAUGGAUUUAUUUAUUGUGAUGAUUGGAAAAAUUACCUCGUUUGCCAUCUGGGACGUGCUUUUGUUUGCCUUUCUGCAUUUUUAUUUUAUUGUUUUUGUUACCACCCAUUCCUUAACUGCUGACCGCAUGUUCCAGUGUUCUACUGUAGCACAAAGCCUCUCUAUCUGUUUUUUACGCUCGAUUGCGCUCUGUUUUUGGUGCUGAAUAGACUCUGGUGCCUUACUCCAUUUUGUAAAGAAAAAACGACACUAUGUUUUAUAGUUCUAAACUAAAUGCUGAUUUUAUUAACUGCAGGGCUGUAUGCUAGUCCUGAAAUUGCCUAAAAUAAAACAGCCUCACAGUCAUCAUAUCAUAUCAGAGGUGCAAAAUGUGUGGUUUAGAAAAGAGGAAGUGGAUAACUUCGACUGUAACCUCCAUCUGUUUGAAAAUUCACAUUUUCUUAAGUAAAGAUGUUACACAGUUAAAGGGACAUUUUUUAUUUUCAAACAUGAAUGAGAAAAAUGAUGCUUUUUUUAUAUGUGAAAUACAUACGAUCACUACUGGCACAGAUCAUCUUGAGGGGUUCAGCUGUAAGGCUUUGCUUGGUGCUUUAAGACCGUCUCAACACAUCUUGGCAAAAGCACAGUGGCAAUUUGUUCAUAAUUUGGUGCAUGAGUAUACCUCAUUGACCAUUUUGGCCUUUAUUCGUGUACAUAUCUUGCAUUCAAUGUGAAAGAAUAGCAUAUGUCCCCAUAGUCAUUGGAUUAAUAAUAUACUGUAUUUGCUGCUUUGUAAUGCAAGGAUGCUUCUGGAGGAUUUGUACAUAAGAUUUUAUCUUAGAAAUAUUAUUUGAAUGGACAGUGAGUUUCCUUGCAUGGGAAAGCAUUAUCUAUGGGGCUCUUCAGUGUUUUCAUCUUCUUUAUGUUGUCAAAUGCUGUUGGUAUGGCGCUGCAGGGGUUAGUUACACCGCUGCUUCCAUUUCACCCCAGAGUAUGAUUCCUGUCAGUCAUCGCUCCUAUGCAACAUCAUCGUGGAUUUCAAUGGAAGCCAAAUAUCGUAGCUCUGUAAUGCUGUCAGCACUGCCAAUAUGUUGUGUGUACACUGUGUAUAUAAUUUGUGAAUAAUUAUAGGAUAUGUGCCUAAUAUUAAUUUUCUUUGAUGGAUUAUGAUUAUGAUGAUGAUGAAGUCAUUUCAAGCACAACUGUUGUAUGUGAUACGGGAGGGCUAUAACUGAAUGGAUUUCAUGUCACUGAAUGUGUACAUCGUUUCUGGCUGUAAUAUAUCAGUGUAAAUAUUUGACUACCCUGCAGGCUGCAUUUUGAUGAAUAAUCUUUUCUAGCCGUUUAUAACAGUGCUUGGAAAUAUGGAAUAUUUUGUGUACAGUGUCUUUUUCAUCUUAACAGUCUGUGAAACACGGGCAGCCCAUAAAGAUUUACUGAUCACCUUACCAGUUUUAAAUUAUUUGCAAUUCAAUAAACUUAAUAAUUAUUUAUUAA